AUGAAUUUCCCAGGAAUGGCACCCCCUGCCGGCGGAGGCAUGGGCGGUAUGGGCGGCGCCGGUGCCAGCGGUCCAGCCAACAUGCAGGGUAUGAGCGAGCAGGAACAGAUGAUGGUUAAGAUGAUGUAUGCGGCUAUGGAGUCCUGUCCCAUUAAGACUGUUAUCUCCGGUACGAUGGGUUUCGGUCUCGGUGGUGUUUUCGGUUUGUUUAUGGCUAGUAUGUCCUAUGACUCCACCUUCACGCCCCAAGGAAAAGCCAUCGCCGACCUCCCCUGGCGCGACCAAGUCCGUCGCGGCUUCAAGGACAUGGGUUCGCGGUCUUGGUCGUCCGCCAAGAACUUCGGUAUCGUGGGUGCGUUGUACUCCGGCACUGAGUGCUGUAUUGAGGGACUUCGCGCCAAGAACGAUCUCACGAAUAGUGUCUCCGCCGGGUGUCUUACCGGUGGUAUUCUUGGUGCUAAGGCGGGGCCUCAGGCGGCUGCUGCUGGAUGUGUCGGCUUUGCGGCGUUUAGUGCUGCGAUUGAUGCUUAUAUGAGGAUGCCAGAGAAGGAGUAG